CCGAGUGCCCGCACCGUGAGCCCUGACUCUAUGGCCCUGAGGGAGGGCGCCGAAGCCGCCGUGCCGCCCGCCACCUGCCGGAACCCGAGUGCCAGCCGCAGGGAGAGGGGAGCCCCGGGUGCCGCCGGUCCGGGCCCAGGGGCCCGUCCGCGGCCUCCGCCCCCAGCUCGGGGCAUGGGAGGCAGGUAGCCGGAGAGCACCAGGCCAGCGGCGACGGGCAGGACUCGGCGACAGGGAGGGCGGAGAGGCGCGGCCCGCCCGCCCCCGGCCGCAGCCCCACCAGGGCCCUCCCCCGGCGGCGCGCACCGGCGCGCGCACUUGCACAUAGCCCCUCGGCGGCUGCUCAGCUUCGCCUGCCGCUAGCCAGCGCCGGAGCCCCGGGGCCGGAUGCCAUGGGUAACAACCUCUCCAGUGGCCCCUCUCUGCCGCGGGGAAACCCGAGUCGAGCGCCGCGGGGCCAUCCGCAGAACCUCAAAGACUCCAUUGGGGGUCCCUUCCCGGUCCCCUCUCACAGAUGCCACCACAAACAGAAGCACUGUCCGCCAGCGCUGCCUGGUGGGGGGCUCCCAGCCACGCCGCUGCUCUUCCACCCGCACACCAAGGGCUCCCAGAUCCUCAUGGACCUCAGCCACAAGGCCGUCAAGAGGCAGGCCAGCUUCUGCAAUGCCAUCACUUUCAGCAACCGGCCUGUCCUCAUCUAUGAGCAAGUCAGGCUGAAGAUCACAAGGAAGCAGUGCUGCUGGAGCGGUGCCCUGCGUCUGGGCUUCACCAGCAAGGACCCUUCGCGCAUCCACCCUGACUCGUUGCCUAAGUAUGCCUGCCCCGACCUCGUGUCCCAGAGUGGUUUCUGGGCCAAGGCACUGCCCGAGGAGUUUGCCAACGAGGGCAACAUCAUCGCCUUCUGGGUGGACAAGAAGGGCCACGUCUUCUACCGCAUCAAUGAUUCCGCUGCCAUGCUCUUCUUCAACGGAGUCCGCACGGCCGAUCCACUCUGGGCCCUGGUGGACGUGUACGGUCUCACGCGGGGUGUCCAGCUGCUGGACAGUGAGCUGGUGCUGCCCGACUGCCUGAGGCCGCGCUCCUUCACCGCCCUGCGGCGGCCGUCGCUGCGGCGCGAGGCCGACGAGGCGCGCCUCUCCGUGAGCCUGUGCGACCUCAACCUGCCGGGCGCCGACGGGGAUGAGGGCGCGCCGGCCGCCGGAGGCCCGAUCCCGCAGAACUCGCUCAACUCCCAGCACAGCCGCGCGCUGCCGGCGCAACUCGACGGCGACCUGCGUUUCCACGCGCUGCGCGCCGGCGCGCACGUCCGCAUCCUGGACGAGCAGACGGUGGCGCGCCUGGAGCACGGGCGCGACGAGCGUGCGCUCGUCUUUACCAGCCGGCCCGUGCGCGUGGCCGAGACCAUCUUCGUCAAGGUCACGCGCUCCGGCGGUGCGCGGCCCGGUGCGCUCUCCUUCGGUGUCACCACAUGCGACCCGGGCACGUUGCGGCCAGCCGACUUGCCCUUCAGCCCCGAGGCCCUGGUGGACCGCAAGGAGUUCUGGGCCGUGUGCCGCGUGCCCGGGCCUCUGCACAGCGGCGACAUCCUAGGUCUGGUGGUCAACGCCGACGGCGAGCUGCACCUCAGUCACAACGGCGUGGCCGCCGGCAUGCAGCUGUGCGUGGACGCCUCGCAACCACUCUGGAUGCUGUUUGGCCUGCACGGCGCCAUCACGCAGGUCCGCAUCCUCGGUUCUACCAUCCUGGCAGAGCGGGUCAUCCCGUCACUUCCCUGCUCUCCAGCCUCCACACCCACCUCACCCAUUGCCCUGGGCAGCCGCCUCUCCGACCCCUUGCUCAGCACAUGCAGCUCUGGCCCUCUGGGAAGCUCUGCGGGGGGGACAGCUCCCAACUCUCCAGUGAGCCUGCCCGAGUCACCAGUGACCCCAGGUCUGGGCCAGUGGAGUGAUGAGUGCACCAUUUGCUAUGAACACGCUGUGGACACGGUUAUCUACACAUGCGGCCACAUGUGCCUCUGCUAUGCCUGCGGCUUGCGGCUGAAGAAGGCCCUGCACGCCUGCUGCCCCAUCUGCCGCCGCCCCAUCAAGGACAUCAUCAAGACCUACCGCAGCUCCUAGCACACCCUGCUGGCUGUGGGGUGAGCCAACAGGGCCCUUCUCUUGCUCACUUUGGAAGCUUGUUCCUUCUCCAUUAAACAAGGGAAACUAAGGCCCCUGGAGGUUUGGGGGAAGAGAGAAGUGGUUUAGGCAGGGAGGUGGGUGGCAGAAGCCAAUGGCCAGGCAGAGGGCAGGGGAGGAGGUGCUGCCCAGCUCUGCCGUCUCUGUGUCUCUGUGCCCAGCUCCCUCUCUGUGCUGAGGGACAAGGCUGAGCACUGUCGCUGUCCCUGGCACAGUCCUUCCCCACCUGGGGUAGGUUUUUAAGAGGUGCCUGUGGCACCAUGAUGAGAGUUGAAUAACAUGUUCCUUCUUGGCACAGGCGACCCCGAGUCAGGGCCUGUGGCCUGGCUAGUGGGCUGUGGCCUGGAUCUGAACCUGCACUGAGCAUCUCAGCCAGCCACCCUUGAGCAGGCUCCUGAAAAACAGCCCCAAGCACAGCUCCUGAGCUGCUAUCUCCUUCCUCUGUUUGGUCCAGCAGCUGGGGGCAAGAAGGCUGGGGACGCCUCUGCACCAGGCAGGCUGCACUCCCCAGGCCAGCCUCCCAUCACCUGGGAUGGAAGAGUGGGUGGAUUGCUGGCCAGGGCUCCAGGUCCCAGGGUGUAGCUCUUGCCCCAGUCAUCUUGUGAGCUGCUGUGGCUCUGGGGUGACCCUUUGGGGUAGCCUGGGCUGGGGGAGCAGGUCUGCCUGCAUCAGGAUCUUUGAGAACAGGUUUGUAGUUUCUCUCCAUACCCCGCUGCCUCCCACAGCUUGGGCUGGCCUGGGCCACUUCUCAGAGGCUGUCUCCAGCCAUGUCCUCCAUCACCACUCCUGGGUGGAAGUGGCUGCAGGGGCUGCCCUGGUCUAAGUCCAGCCCUUUUCCUUGUUUUUAUUUAUUUAUUUAUUGAGUUUGUGGCUUUUUUUUUUUCCUUGUGUCUUUGUGGGCCCCAGAAACACCACCCUGGUGUGUGGGCCACCUAGUGAUGGGGGAGCAGAGACCAUCCUUCACCCUGUCCAGGCCCCAGCUGCAAAGCUCACGGCCAGCAUUGCCAACUGAGAACUGGGAAAAGGGGGCAUGUCGGGAGGCCUCCUGGCAAGGUCCAUCUGACAGACUGGCUAUGUGGCGCCAACCCCCCACCAAACCUCAGCUCCCUCUUCUGUGAAAUGGUUGUGUGUGUGUGUUUGGGGGGAGGGGGUACUUUCUCUUUGGCUUCUGGAGGAGUUUGGUGAGGCUGCCAGGGGGGUGUGUGAUGGGGGCACCGCUUGGCCGUUGGGGCCCAGGCUCGGCCACGUUUCUUACCAGCCUUGCAGGGGCUCUCGGUGAAGUGCGUCGUAUGCUGGGUCUCUCCUCCCCUGUCAUCCCAGAGGCCUUAAAUGUUGGGGCUGUGUGGCCCGAGGUCCUGGGAGAGGAAGCCAUCAUCUGUUGUCUGUUAGUGCUGGGGUAGCUGCUGCCUUUGUGAUCUGGGUCGCUGUGAUUGUGAAUAAAGGUGAUUUCGUACCAGC